AGGUGGCGAACCUGUUUGUGUGCCUACUAAGAAACGUUUCUAUUCCGCAUCUCUCAUGCCCGCGUAUCCCUCAAGACCACAGCUUGAACACGUACAAGAAGCUAUGGAGGAAUACACGACCGUAGAAGAAAUGGACUCUCAUGCUCUCGUCUUGCCAGUUGUGGAAUUGUUGAAUUCCCAGAGAUAUAGCGAAGCACUAUCAUUUAUCCGGGAGGCCCCCUCUGCCACCAUCUUUGCUUACGGAUGGGAUCUUGUUUUGCCUGUUCUAACUGCUAUGCAGAAGGAAGUGGACUUAAAAUUAAAUGAGAAUGCAUCACUUUGCAAAGAUCUGCUUGAAGUUGUAACAUCAUGUGCCAAGCCGAAGGAAGUUCUCAUCUCUUUGCUAGAACACUUGCACCUGAUUAAGUCCAGUGUCGUAUUCCGUGCUGUUAUUCAGUGCAUUCAGAAAUUGCUGCCGAAUAUUUCGGGGAACAGGCUGGCAUUCUUGGAUUUUGUUUUAGAAUCUCUGCACAACCAUUUGAAAUCGUUGUGUGCUGCCGUCGCUAAAAGUGGCGGGGAUCAAGCGGACGAUGAUAGCAGCACGGAAUCCCAGGAGAGCCGAAAUCUCGGUGAUUGCUUGAAUGCCGUAGCAAAAUUCUUAUCUGACAUCACACUUGAUCAUCACAUUCAGGAGGAAUCUGGAAUUGGCGAAUGCACUAUGGCAGUAAACGACCUGAUUUUGCGGUAUUUGUUGUUGUUUCUUGGCGACACUGCUGUAUUGGAUCUCCGAAUUCGUUCUAACGUGUCGCAUUCUAAUGUCGCUCGGCUUUCAGCACUAAGACUUUUAAGCCAUAUCAGCAAACGGUCGACAGACUUGAUAGUACUUAGCUUCUCAGGAAUUGCUACGCAAAACAAGGGAAAAGCAAGUCACACAGAAGACACCGAGAAAGACCUUCCUGAACUUGUACCGCCAAUUUGUCGUGCUGUGUUAGCCUGGUUGAUAUUUGUAGAAAAUCUUGAGCAAGAUAGCAUUCCGUGUGUUUAUACAAAUCGCUAUAUAUUUGAGCACAGCCUGCAAAGCAUGUUAGUGCUGUUGUUGCACAAUUCAGGCCAUGUUGUCUCAAAGGGAGUUGCACUGUGUGCUAAUUUAGUAUCGCGCCUCAGCCUGGGAGAAUUUUGUUACAUGGAUUUGGACAACACCAACUUAAUUGCCCUUGUGCGCUGCUUAGGUAAGGUAAUGAUCUACUGCCAAUCGAGUGCCGCUAGGACAACUGCUUUGAGCACUUUGGUUAACUACAUCAAGUGCUUCAAGCAUGAGGCUAGGUACAUCCUCUACUGCCGAAUGCUACAAGUGGAAAAGCAUGCUGGAUUUCGUGGUCUGCUGAUUGACUGUUAUCGCCAAGAUAUGCACGCUGCUUUGAAAGCAAGCAUUCAUAUGGACACUUUCUGGGGAACAAACUUUCUAGAAUUUCUUAAAAUUCUGUCAAGCUUCUCCUCACAGGACCAGAUGAACAUUCUUGAUGAUAGUGACUGUGUACUGGCAGUGCUUAACCUAAUACGAUACUUUGCUUUGGUGUUGCCAUAUCACAGUCAAGAAUGUAGCGAGGAGAACCAGUCCAUAUGUGAAAUAGCAAGGAAGUAUGUGGAGAAAGUGAAAGAAUCUGUAGAUCUGUCGAGAGCUCACUAUAAAGUUGAAUUAGAACAUAACAAAGAAAAGGUGAGAUGUUUCAAAGUACAAUCUAAAGAUAGUUUGUUCCCUAGCUUACCUCCUGAACAAGAGGCUGAAGUUCUUGAAACUGCACUGACUAGACUAGACCUUGUAGAAAGUGUAAUAGUUUUUGCCCUUGACAGUGUUAGUCACUGUUCUGGAAAAUUAAUCCAGUAAGUCUCUUUGUGAAACCGUGGUUUUUUAGUGUGACUAGAGUAAGGUUUCUGUUUUGUUUUUCUAUUCAUCAGAUAUUGUUUAAUGCUUAUGUGGCAAAAAUAUUUUUGUAAAAAACAGAUGAAAAUGAAAAAUCUUUCUGCACUGCA